GUUUUCAAAGCCGCGGCGGCGGCGGCGGCGGCGGCGGCGGCACUUGGGGAAAACGAAGCGAGUUGGAGGGAGCGGCGGCGCGGACGAGCGGGCUGAGCUGAACUCGGCGGAGGUCACAAGCGCAAGGCAGGAAUCCUGACGCUCUUAAGACGCCAGCUCUGCCCCCUUGGCUCAGCUGCCCCUACAAUGUGGAUUCUGCCCCUCCAGGUCAGCACUGGAGUUUUAAAAUAAAAUGGAUGAUUUGACGUUACUUGAUCUUCUGGAGUGCCCUGUCUGUUUUGAAAAGCUCGAUGUCACAGCCAAAGUCCUCCCUUGCCAACACACCUUCUGCAAACCAUGUCUACAGAGGAUUUUCAAGGCCGGCAAGGAGCUGAGGUGCCCAGAAUGCAGGACCCUGGUCUUUUGCAGCAUCGAGGCGCUGCCGGCCAACCUGCUGCUCGCGCGUCUUCUGGAUGGUGUGCGUUCCAGACAGAGCUUGGGGAGAGGGGGCUCCUUCCGCAGGCCUGGCAUACUGACCCUGCAGGACGGCAGGAAAAGCAGGACCAACCCCAGAGGACUGCAGUCCAGCACUUUCCGACUCAUGCCCAAUAUCAGGAUCCACAUGGAGGGGGUGCCUCGAGCAAAAGCCUUGUGCAGUUACCGAGGGCAGAAUCCUGGUGACCUGAGGUUUAAUAAGGGCGAUGUCAUCCUCCUGCGGAGACAACUUGAUGAAAACUGGUACCAGGGGGAGAUCAACGGAGUCAGCGGGGUCUUCCCAGCCGGCUUCGUGGAAGUCAUCAAGGCACUGCCCCAGCCGCCCCCGCUCUGCCGGGCCCUCUACAACUUCCACCUACGAGACAAGGAGAAGAGUGAGAACCAGGACUGCCUGACCUUUCUCAAGGAUGAUAUCAUCACUGUGAUCAGCCGAGUGGAUGAGAACUGGGCAGAAGGCAAGUUAGGAGAUAAAGUAGGCAUCUUCCCUAUCGUGUUUGUGGAGCCAAACCUCACUGCAAGACACCUCCUAGAGAAGAACAAAGGCUGUCAGUCAUCCCGCGCAAAAAGUCUCUCCCUGGGGUCCUCUUUCUCCAGAGGCAAAGCAACCAACUCGCCCACCCUCCGUAGAGGCCCAGGGUCCAGGAGGAAGGGGCCCGGGCAGUUCUCCAUCACAACAGCUUUGAAUAACCUCAACAGGAUGGUCCAUUCCCCAUCAGGUCGCCAUAUGGUGGAGAUCAGCACCCCCGUGCUUAUCAGCUCCAGCAACCCCUCUGUGAUCACCCAGCAUGUGGAGAAGCACGUGGAGAAAGCAGACGCUCCUCCCAGCUCCAUGGGGCAGGUCAGCACUUAUCAUCCCACACCUGCCUCCCCAGGACACUCCACAGCCAUCGUCAGUCUGCCUGGCUCCCAGCAACACUUCUCAGCUAACAUGUUUGUAGCCCUGCACUCCUACUCAGCCCAUGGGCCCGAUGAGCUGGACCUGCAGAAGGGAGAAGGCAUCAAGGUCCUGGGGAAGUACCAGGACGGCUGGCUCAGGGGUGUCUCGUUGGUCACUGGGCGAGUCGGCAUUUUCCCAAACAGCUAUGUCAUCCCCAUUCUCAGAAAGACAUCUAGUUUUCCAGGCAGCAUUUCAGAAGGCGAACCCCAGCAAAGCCGUCCCUUCAAAUCCGUCUUUGUGCCCACCGCCAUCGUCAGCCCCGUGAGGAGCACGGCCAGCCCUGGGACUUUGAGGCAGGGCUCUCUUCGGAAAGGGCGAAGCAGCAUGAGAAAGAACGGAUCCCUGCAGAGACCCAUCCAGUCAGGGACCCCCACCAUCGCGGUCAGCUCCCUCAGACGCAGCCCCACCAUGGUCGUCCGGCCUCAGCAGUUCCAGCUCUACCAGCCUGGGGGUCCCUCCUCACCCUCCGCGGUGAUAGUGGAGAUGGGACCCAAGCCUGCUCCCACCAGGGAGCCUGCCCUCACGUGCAUCAGCAGAGGCAGCGACUCCAGGGUCCACUCGGCGGCCAGUUCCCUCAUCAUGGAAGGCAAGGACGUCCCCGUCAAGAGUGAGCCUCCACCCAAACCGCCGGCAUCUGCCCCACCAUCGAUCCUGGUGAAACCAGAAAACUCUAGAAACGGCACUGAAAAGCAAGUCAAAACCGUGAGAUUUCAGAAUUACAGCCCUCCUCCCACCAAACAUUACACCUCCCAUCCCACCUCCGGAAAGCCUGAACGGCCAGCCACCCCCAAGGGGUCUCAGCCAGAAACAGCCCCCUUGGGCCCAGAGAUGACCGUCCUGUUCGCCCACAGAAGUGGCUGCCAUUCUGGACAGCAGACAGACCUCCAGAGAAAGUCAACUUUCGGCAAGGCCAUGACCCCAGUGUCCACUCCCUCGGCCACGCAGACCGUGUUUCCCAGCAAAUGAAUCUUCAGGUGGCUUUUCCUAGACCCCAAAGAGACCCUGCCUUGGUAAUCUUCCCAGGAGGGGCUAGCAACAGCUGGAGUGCUGAAGAGAAAAAUCUAUCCCAUCGGAUGGACUCUGCCCAAUGGAGAGUCUGCAGACCAUGCGACAUUCCUUGGCCAUCAGGGAUGGUUCAGGAAUACCAAUAGGCUGACCUCCAAGACAGGAGGGUAAUAAGAGGAAGAACAGGUCUGCCUUCCUCCAAGAAUUAAUGGGUGGUGGGCCAGGAUGGAGGAAAGCAAACAAGAGUCCUGUUAUAGGUUCCACCUGAUGCACAACUCUCUUGUUUUUGGUUUCUGUUGUCAAAGCCAAACUACCUUGCCAGUUUCUCAUAGCUUGGCACCCAACUGACAAAUGAAAAGAUUGGACCUCAAAUGCUUUAUAGCUCUGUGUCUUGCCUGUCUCCCUAGCUCAGAUUUAGGGCAAUGCAGUGGAUGGUAUAUUCUUCUCUCCUCUGUUCAAGCCAGAGAGACCAGUGCUUCUUCACGAUCUCGCCCACCCUCCAAACUCUCCCCUGAUUCCCCCGCCAGGCAUCCUGCCUCUCUCUACCACAUCCUCAGUCUUUUCCAUUCCAAAUCCAUUGUGUCUCUCCCCCGCUGCUCGCCCUGCCACCUUCUGAUUCAGAAGAUUUCUGUAGUUAGAAAGUACUGAUCAAGGAAAUAAGAACUAAUACAUAAAAAGUCCAUGAUGUUAUAAGAAGAGAUACCACAGGCUGCAACCCUUGCAGAGAGGCUCUGUCAAAUCUAAGGAUAGAAAAAUCCAUUAGAACCAUGCAUCCCUUUUAGUUCAAAAAUAAGUCAUCAUAAAGAACAAACCAUUAGAAGAUAUUUUACCCCUGGUUUUAAAAUAUCUAUAAUUUAUAAUACAUUUUUAAAUUUAUCUUUGCUACCCUGAGAGAAGCAUUGCACAGAUAUGUAAAAUUCACAAAUACCCUGCAACUUUUUGAGCCAUACAUUUUCCUCUUCUCCCUUAUCUUAAGACAUCAAUAAGUAUUCAUUUUAAAAGUGCGUGCUGCCCUAAUUAUCAAGGAUGAUGCCAGGAAGCCAGCAUCAAUUGGAUAUAUUCGUUGUUUCACAGUUCAGGAUCAUAGUUUUGUGCUGAAGCCUCCUCCGUGUUUCACCCAGUCCUGCUUGUAAUCAAGAGCACUCACCAGCCAAACCCGGGAGCAGAGUAAGGAUUGUAUUGUGAUUAUGAAAUUGUUUUCUUCUAUGUGAAGGUGUCACAUGCAAAAUUCAAACUGGCACUUAUCUUUUAAUGGGCUGAAUAAUGUGGACUUCUUAGCUCCACCCUUCUCUGGUUAACCACAGGGGAGGUGAUAAUAAGCAACAAGAAGCCCCAAAAUAUUGGCUUUAUCUGCCAGGCAGCAGGUAAGAAUGCAAGAGGCAAUGAUUGGUUCACAGAAAGGAUAAUUCCGCGAUGACAUCUGCUUCCCACACAUGGCCAAAGAUGGUGCUGCCAAUUGUCAGUCAUCCCUCUUCUCUGAGUCACUGCGACCACCUGUCGGUCCCCUUUCCUCUGUAAUGAGUUCAGGUUGAGUUGGCUCCUGUUUAGCCUCAGCAGCAAUGAAAGAGAUGGUGCCUUCAGGUUCUGGACACCAUUAUUUCAACAUGUACUUCCCAUGUAAAUGUACCUACCAUGUCCCUACCAUGUAAAUAAGUUUUAGGUGAUUUCAUUUUCCAGGGAAAAGUCAUAGAAUGCCAGAGGUGGAAGGAUUCUUAAUUUUAUAGGUAAUGUGUGGAAAGGUUAAGUAUAGCAAGCUGCCUACAUAAAAGCAAGUUGUGUAAGUUAGGGGGGAAACAACAUAACUUUUAGUCCCCAGAAACUGUUAGAACACUUAAACUAUUUACAGUCUUGUUUUCAUAAGCCCUCUCAUUCAUAGUUCCUUCGUCUUGCAUCGUCUUGCCCGCUCACUGUUAACGCAAGAAACCACCACUUCUGCUUUGUCCUUAUGCUGUUCUUUAAGCCCCUAGGAUUUUUCCACGGCUUAUAGCAGAGGGUUUCAUGGGGAUUUAGCUCUUCCUUUGAAUCUGUUUAACCAAUAACCAAAUACUUUUUUUCAAACACAAAAAGAAGAAUCUGAUUUGUUCCCAGUCAAAUAGAAACUUGGGGAAAGCUCCCCAUUUCCUAAAGUUUUCAUCUCUGGACUGUUGAUUCCAGCAUACAGGGUACCAAAUGGCCAUGGAUCAAAAAAUGGCAUGGGUGGGGCAGGAAGUAGGGGAAAGCUGGGCAUGGAUGAUUUAGGAUGGUUAGAAGGAGCUCAGCCCAGAAAUUUACCCUGGGAUGGUUUGCUUACUGUGUGGUCUGAUGGUUUCAUCUUCUGAAGUUGUUGCUUCCUAUCAUGACAUGUUGGGUUAUGAGGAGGACAUGUCGUUUAGGAGAAAAAAGAGGAAGAAGAAAAUGUAAAGGGAGGAAAAUGCACUCCUCCAUGGACAUAUAAACAGAAAAGCUAUAAAUUCUUGUGUCUCUGUUUUUUUUAAGUACAGUGUUUUUGAUAGAACAAAAGAGAAUAUGAGUUAAUAUGUAUGUGAAUAAUGUUUGUAAAAAGGGUAUGUGCAGUCAUUAUGGACUAUUACAUAACUAAACCUUAGAUAUAAAAAUAUGUAAACACACACAAAAAAAUUGCAUAGGGCAGUGGGCAUUUAAGGACUUCCAAACUUUUCAUACCUUUGUUCCAAAAAAUAGAGAGUUCCAGGGCUGGCAGCUAUUUCCUUCACAUAUGCUACUGUAAAAUAGAUUUUUGUUUUUUUCUGGUUUUGUAAGUUAUAACAAUUUGUACGGGUUACUUUGAAAUGUCUGUUGCAUGUGCCUUGGUGGUGUUUACCCACAUCAGAGAUCCGUCCCACACUUUGCAUCCUGGAAAACCAAAAGGACUUUUCUACUGAGAAGAAAAACAUGCAAAACGUGCCUUCUCUGUUGGGUAACUCUCAAACUCGUACCACUGACUGCUUUUUGUAAGCCUUAGUAAAUGGGAUGUUUAAUAUCAGAUUUGUGGUCUGUUGCUUAAAUGUUUGGUGUUGGAUAAACUUUCUCCUAGGAAGAGAGCACAUAUUUUUGUCAAGUACCUUCUUUUUGGACUUGAUAUCUAUUAAAGGACACCAGAAGUCAUGCUCUAAGCCACUUCCCCUCAGGACCACUCUACCAACGGUGUUCAAAGAACUCUCCGCAUAUUAAUUCUCCAUUUUAUAUUUUGUUUCUGUGGUAGAAUAAAUACUUUCAGAGCCUAGAGUUUUACUUGUUUGGAUUUGUGGCUCUAAUCAAGUCUAAGUUUGCCCUUUACUGCACAGACUGAUCGGACGAAGCCGGGGAAAAAUAAGGGCCUGCCCUGCUGGAGGGGACCACUUGCGCUUUUUACAUCAGCCACAAGAACGGCGCCAGAACCGGUGUGUGACAUACCAUCAACUCUUCGUGCAGGGAAGGGACAGCCAUGCCAAAGUGGAGACAUUACCCAAGUCUCCAUAGCCCAAAAUGCACAUUGUUCCCUGUUGUAAGCUUGUGAAGCCUGAUAUGUAUUUUAGCAUGAAACAAUAAAACCGGUUUAUUUUCAUUUAA